CAGUAACACUGGUUCUCUUAAACCCUAAACCUAGCUGACCAGCAGAACUAGGAACACAAAGAAGCGGGAACUAAGGAGUUCUUGCGUCGGAUUAGCUUGUUCCAUUUGAAUACGGUCUGGUUUCCGUUUGUUCGAAGGUUGUCUGAAGUUUAGUUCUUUUUUUUUAGGUCUGAUGGCUCCUGGUGCACUAAGCAAGAAGAAGGGCUCAAAAUCAAGCAAAGGCCCACCUAAGAAGAAGCAGAAGGGUGACCUUUUCAGCGAGAAACGCCCCAAAAAGGCUGACGUUUCAGACGAUUCCGACGGCUCAGAUGAAGAAGUAGAGCAAUUGGAAAAUUUCGAUGAAGACUCUGAUUCUGAACUUCUGUCCGGGGACGAUGAUCCUCUAGCUGAUGAUUUCGGAGUGAUGAUGAAGAAGAAAACUCAGGCUCGGAUUCUGGUGCUGGUUCAGACGGUUCAGACUCUGAUUCAGAUGUAUCUGAUAUCGAGCGGAAGUCUAGAGCUCUUGAUGAACGUAGAGCAAGGGAGGAAAAAGAUGCAGAUGAUGAGCUGCAAACCAAUAUUGCUGAGGAAUCGGACGAGUUCCGGCUUCCAACAGAGGAGGAACUUGAAGCUGAGGCAAAUCGCCCUCCUGAUCUUCAGAAUCUCCAAAGACGAAUCCAAGAAAUUGUUAGAGUGCUUUCAAAUUUUAAAGAUUUGA